AUGGUCUGACUAAAAGGUUUCGACGACCGCCCCCACACACUGUACCCGCGGCUCUGGGUAAGCUGUCACGGUGUCCACAACUGUACCCGGCGUGUUUCAAGUGUGGACCAGUUAGUCGUUGCACCUCAGUGCGUCAAAUACAGCGGAACUUCACUUGCGUUCGUAUAACGUAAGCCGGGGACUGGAAAAAAAAUGGGUGGUUCAGGAAGCAAGCCUGAGCCAAGAGUAGAAUAUGUCAACAAGUACAAGAACGUCACAAAGGAUAAGAUCAAGGAGGCUGCGGAGGAGAAGAGACGAGAAUACGAGAGGCAGGAGAAGGAGAAAAAUGAGCGUCUUAGACAGCUACAGGAGGAAGCGGACACCAAGAGGGUGAAGCUACUUGAUUAUAGCUUUGGUGAUGUCCGCGGGUCACGAUACUUCGCUAAAAUCGACAUCAGUGACAUGCAAGAGGGAGGCCUGAGGAUCGGACUGUUCGGACCAACUGGAUCAGGGAAAAGCAGCUUCAUCAACACGUGCGAGAGGGCCUUGGAGCCAGGCCUUCGCAAAGGAACUGCCGAUAUCCAGUCGGCGGGUGGGGAGGGCACCAUCGCCCUGCAGGAGUUCCUGGACUACCUUCAGAAUGACUUCCGUCUUGUCGACACUCGAGGAUUCUUCCAACAUGGUGCUGAGGAGUUCACAGCGCUGACCAACAUCGUCUUUGGAAGGAUCAAACCUGGCGAGGAGAUCGUCUUUAAGCAGCAUGCGGACAAGGAAGACUCGGAGGAGUGGUUCCCCAACUGGCUCCACGCUAUCAUCAUAGUUCUGUCGGCGGCAGACCCCCGUCUACAAGACGGCAACACUCAUCUGAACAAUCUCAACACCGUGCGCGAAUUCAUGCGUCCGAGAGGAAUAGCUCCGAUCACAGUCAUUACGCACCACGAUAUGAUCGGCGAGGAUCAAGAAGACGACAUCCUGGCCAAAGCGUCUGCGGCAACCGGCAGCGCCCGUGACCACACCUUCUUUGUUACCAACUACCACGUGGACAAGACGGAAAGAGAUUACACGACCGAAAUAGAAGCCAUGAAAGUCAUGCGGUCGGCACUAAACGUAGCGGAGCGCUACGUCAAGAUCCACAAGCAACAAGAAGAGUACAAGAGGGAGAGUGAAGCAAAGAAGAACCAGCAAGUGACAGGGCCCCAAGAAACUGUGGAAGAUUUCUUCCGCCGCCUCUCUUCCAAGAAGCACAUCCCGCUUGAGCGACUGCAACCCACCAUCGAUAAGCUGAAGAAAGAAGACAUCACCACGUCCAACUCCCUCAGGGACAACUGGGCAGAAGUCCAGGGGGAACUGGCAUUGAGUGACCGGAUGGCUGGCUACAUCGACAAGGAACUAGCUGACACGUUCAAGGAAUAGAACCUUUAGGUUUCACACAAAAGCAGAAACGCUAUCUCAAGUCAUGUAAGAAUACUCGAUGUCUAAUGCUCAAGUUAAGGAAUGGCUAACAAUAAAU